UUACCAGGUUGUCUCAGGGCAGGUUUUGAUUUCAUAAAGUCGUGGCAAAAGAGGGCAUGUGGUCUAUGGCAGUAAAGGUGGAGCCUGCUUUUCAGUGAGACCUGUUCUCAGCUGGGUUUCCUGUUGAAUUUUCAUUUUUUUUCCAUUAAAAUGGCAUCUGGCUAACAGUCCCAAUAGAUAUAAUUUAUUUCACAUGCAUUAUAUUACCCUUUUGCUGAGAAAAAGAUCCUGAUCUUGGCCACUACUUGCAAAAAAGUAUUAUUUUUUUAAAUUCCUUCUUUUCUGAAUCACAUGACUUUGAUCUCAAAACAGAAAAAGUAAUGGAAAAAAUGUUUCUUUCUCUCUGCUGCAUUUAGGAUAUGGUGUUUUUCCUGAGAGUCCAAGAGAAUGAUUGUUACCAUGCAUCCUAACUGAGAAGCCUAACUUUUCCAUUACAUAUAAACAUUCUUUGUUGUAAAAUUAAAGUUAUGGCUUUCAUAAAAUCAUAUUUGGAAAAGAUUUCACAAGUAAAACCAUGUUAGUAUGAUUUUGGCUAUUGUUAUUUAUAAUUUAGGUUUUUCACUGGAAUAAGUGAUGUGAUUAUUUCAAGCCUCUGAGCUUCUCUCAUCUUAUUUAUACAUUUAUCUCAUUCAUAUUCCUUACUUUCCUAUUGGCUAAAACAGCUAUAGCCAAUCAGAUGAUACUGAAGUUACAUAAGGCUCUAUUUGAAGACUAUAUAAAGCCUUUUUGCACUGUAGCAAGGGGGAGAAUUCUAUCAAGAUGCAGGUCCACUGAACAAGGUUCAUUCAUGAAUGAAGAGAUUUGUUUCAAGACACACAGAAAACUGAACCAGUGCUGAUAUAUUUACUAGCCAGUCCUUCCCAGCUGUCAACCUGAGUUGCUAGUAGCAGCUACUGAAAGUAGCUUUUGUGCACUAUGAAGAAUUUUUCAUUUCCUAUGCAAGAUAAUACAUAUCAGACUGAAAGUCCUUUUUCUCGCCGAUUCCUGAGCAUGACAAAUAAGUCAGAUCCAGUUGGAAGACCAGAAAGAGAUGAGCAAUUAGCUCAGGUAGAGAUUGCGGUGUUGGGAGUAAUAUUUAUAACAGCAUCUGUGGGCAAUUUUAUUCUCAUUUUGGUACUGUGGAGAAGAAGAAAGAAGUUGUCUAGGAUGUAUGUUUUCAUGCUUCACCUGAGCAUAGCGGAUUUAGUGGUAGCAUUUUUUCAAGUCCUUCCCCAAUUAAUAUGGGAUAUCACAGAUGUUUUCAUAGGGCCAGAUGUCUUGUGCAGAACUAUCAAAUAUUUGCAGCUUGUGGGCAUGUUUGCUUCCACUUACAUGAUAGUGGUCAUGACAGUGGACAGAUACCAAGCAGUAUGCUAUCCUAUGGUCACUUUCCAAAAGAAAAGAGCUCUUUGGAAUGCUCCCAUUUGCACCAGCUGGUCUGUAUCACUGCUCUUUAGCCUUCCACAGGUAUUUAUCUUUUCUAAGACUGAAAUAUCUCCAGGCAUCUUUGAAUGUUGGGGCAAAUUCAUCCAACCCUGGGGCUCAAGGGCAUAUGUGAGUUGGAUUUUUGUGGCUAUUUUCUUCAUUCCCACAGCUAUCCUUAUCAUAUGUCAGGUUAAAAUCUGCAAAAUAAUCUAUAAGAAUAUACAUGUUAAAAAACGGAAUGAGUUUGAAAUAAAUCAGAAGCAAACUCUGCCAUCUCGAACCAGCAGUAUUAACUGUAUUUCAAAGGCUAUGAUCAAGACUGUAAAAAUGACAGUGGUGACAGUGGUUGCAUAUGUUCUGUGUUGGGCACCUUUCUUCAUUGCACAGUUGUGGUCAGUGUGGUUCCCAAGUGGUGUUACUGAAGGUCCGGUAUUUACCAUUAUCAUGCUCCUUGGGAAUUUAAAUAGCUGUGCCAAUCCAUGGAUUUACAUGUAUUUUUGUGGCCACCUUCCAUAUUGUGCAAAUAAGCAGCUGGAAAACAUCUCAGCUCAAGAAGAAUCUGUGAUCACAGGAAUCAUUAAUCUGGGAGACAGGGAGCCUGAAGAAAACAUUACUUCUGCAUAAAUAGCCACUGCUUUUUGUCUUCCUGGUACAUUUGCUGCAUUCAAAUCUUAUGUCAAAAUCUUAUCACUGUACUUUGUCUUCUGGGUAAUAGAAUAAGCUGCAAAAUUGUAAAUGUCCUUCACUGUACAGAUAUAUUUUCUUAAAUGCUGUAGCAUACUUAUCUCUACAAAAAGUUCCAGUUUUGUGGAAGUCAGACUGAACAGUUAUACUGAAGUGAAUCGACAUAACUGUCAAUAAUAUGUAGAUAUCUUUAUAUGAUUCAUUUAUUUUUCUCAUAUGAAUUGCUUUCCAUUCUCUAGCUCUAGGCUGCUAGCUAGUACAUUUUUACAAUCGUGAUAUCAUUUGAAAGAAAUCAUAUAAUUAGGUUUGAAGAUGAGGGACUUAAAAUGAAGCAUGACUAAUUUAGAAUUCUAAUGACAUUAGGGAAAUAUCUGACAAAUCUUGAGAAGGAAAGAAAAUCAGUGAAAUCCUUUGCCAGCUGUGACUUAUACCAAAUCUAAUUAAACACUUUGCAACAUGUAGAGAUUCUGAGCAGUUUCAUAUCAUGCUUUCUCAAUGCAAUGCUCUUGCCACAUUGGACACUUAUUCAUAUAUCAUCUUAGGUCAUAAGACCUUAUUAUGGUCAUGCUCCAGUAUAAAAAGAAUUGUUAUAUCUAUUUCUAUAGAUGGGAUCCAUUCACGAGGAGCACAAACACAUGUUUAAUACAACUGUACUCUGGCCAUAUUGCAUAAAUUACACAAUAUGUGAAUUUUAGCCACAUGGAAAUGUUACAUCAUGUUUUGGCAGAAUGCUUUCAUACUUGUAUGGCCAUUUAGCACCCAUCUGCCGUUACUGAAAAUAUAUCCUGGAUGAGGAGCUUGAUAAAGCAUUCCUAAACCAUUUAGCACUCUGUGGGUCCUGCAGUUUAAGCUUCUUGUACUUGCAUGAUAGAAAUAAGACUGCAGUAUCUUUGCCUGUAACUGCUGAUUGUUUGCUGCUAUACUUAAUACUAAUAGGUAUUCUUUCUUCUUUAGCUGUUACCAGUCUAUUCAAAAGAACAUAGAAUGACUUAUUAGUGGAUCUGUCACAGAACAAGAUGGAAGUACACUGGCAGAGACCCUUUGGGGAUGAAGAUUUGCACAUCAUUGGUCUGGAUUAGGUUGAGCCUAGUCAAUGUUACCAAUUCUUUAUUUUUAUUAACGUUGGCUUUUUCAAAUUCUUUAAAAAGGUUGAAAAAGUAGACUUUACUUUUGCUUUUCUACUAUAAUAGGAUGUAGUGGAAGAAAUACUAUUAUAAUAUACACACAUCUUAAAAGCUACUAGGUAUUUUAAGAGCCAAAAGUACUAGUAUUACAUUUUGCCUGAAUCCUGAGAAGUGCUUAUUUACACUGAGUGGGUUUUUAUUUUGUGUUAAUAUUAGCUAGUGUGAUUACAUUUCCCAUUAUUGACUAGUCCCCUGUAACUAUAAUGACUUAU